CGGCAGUCACAUCAUUCCCGUUUUAGUCUGUGCCAAAGGCUUCCGAUGAGGAUAUAGAAAUCGUAAGCUACCUUCAUUUAUCGAAACAUGGCCCCCGACGUCAUGACUGUCGCCUUCAAAUGGCGGGAAAGACAUCCCGGCCAACCACACCUUGACAAUAUGCUCCAAUACCAUGAUCUUUACAAGCAGUCCAUCGAAUCACCGUCGCAAUUCUGGUCAAACCAGGCCCGUGAGCUUCUGUGGUUUACUCAAGAUUUUCAUACCUCUCAUAUUGGUUCUUUUGAGGACGGGUAUAACGCCUGGUUCCUUGGAGGCCAACUAAAUGCUUCCUUCAACUGCAUUGAUCGACAUAUGAUUGACGAUCCGGACCGCGUUGCCAUCAUAUACGAGCCAGACGACCCUAACCAGGUUGUUAAACGAGUGACAUACAGAGAGCUCCUCGGCCAUGUCUCAAAACUGGCUGGUUUCCUGCGUUCUCAAGGAGUGAAAAAGGGCGACAUCGUCACAAUAUACAUGUCAAUGGUCCCGGAGGUUAUCUAUUCCCUCCUCGCCUGUGCUCGGAUUGGAGCAGUUCAUUCGGUUGUUUUUGCAGGAUUCUCAGCGGCGGCCUUACGGGACCGCAUCGUAGAUGCCAAUUCAAAGAUCGUUAUAACAGCUGAUGAAGGCCGCCGCGGUGGAAAAUCAAUUCCAACAAAGCACAUUGUUGAUGAAGCACUCAAGGACUGCCCUUGUGUUUCAGCUGUAUUAAUCUACGAGCGGACGGGUAGCCAAGUGCCUUGGGUCACUGGCAGAGAUUUCUGGUGGAAUGAAGAGCUUCAAAAAUUCCCUACGUAUAUCUCGCCAGAACCUAUGGACUCGGAAGACUGCCUCUUCAUGCUUUAUACGUCCGGUUCAACUGGAGAACCUAAAGGUGUCCUUCAUAGCACGGCAGGAUAUCUAUUAGGAGCUGCAGUGACGGGGAAAUACGUUUUCGACGUUCACAAAGACGACAUAUUCUUUUGUGCUGGAGAUAUUGGAUGGAUCACCGGCCACACAUACAUGGCAUACGCGCCUUUAUUGCUCGGUUGCACGACAGUUAUAUUCGAAGGAACCCCUGCCUAUCCAAGCUACACGCGAUAUUGGGAGAUAAUUGCCAAGCAUGCCGUGACACAUUUUUAUGCUGCACCCACAGCCCUACGGUUGUUGAAGAGGUCAGUCAGCAAGGAAGAUGUGGCAGGAUUUGACACGUCGUCAUUGCGCGUACUUGGGUCAGUUGGCGAGCCAAUUGCUCCUGAGGUCUGGAAAUGGUACUCUGACUUCAUGGGAAAUGAUAAGGCUUAUAUUACCGAUACAUACUGGCAAACUGAAACAGGCUCCCACAUCAUAGCAGCCAUGGCUGGUGUCACUCCAGUGAAACCAGGGAGCGCCUCCCUACCGUGUUUUGGGAUUGACGCAGCUAUUCUUGACCCGGUAAGCGGAAAGAAACUAGAGGGGUACUCAGUGGAGGGUGUUCUGGCUAUUAAGCAGCCUUGGCCUAGUAUGGCCCGAACCAUUCGUGGGGACCACAGGCGAUACAUGGAGAGCUAUCUUGACGUUUACAAGGGUUACUGUGAAUGAUGGUGGUCACAUGACCCAAGGCCACCUCUUUAUCUCUCCUCUGGUGAUACGUCUCUUUCUGUUGGCUAUAUAUCUCAGAGCCACUGAUCCUGCC